CUCUUUUUCACUCCACCCCCUCCGCUCUCCUCAUUUCCUCUUUUUAAAUACCAUCCAACACAUCGCAACUCACCCAACCACAUAUCCCUGCUUUCCCACCUCGAUAACCAUGGCUGCUGCUGUCCUCUCCCCGACAGCAAUGUCACCCAGAGGAGGCAUUCUCCUCAACACAAGCCCUUGCAACUCACCUCGACUGGGUCAAUGUAUCCCUCAAACCCCUUCAUCCCAAUCCCUAUCUUCGUCAAUGUCGGACGCGUCCACCAACUCAUGGUUCAAGCAUCCAACCCACGAUAUGCAGCGUUCUGCUUCCGCACCAGGAGCCGCGCGCCGUCAAAGGAUCCGGUUUGCGCCCCUACCCGACCCUCGCGCCGACGAAAGUGACGACACCUCCCUAACCGAGCCCAGCGAGGAGCAAGAUUCCCUCUCAUCCUCUAAGCUAUUUACAACGGAGGGCGUAGAGCUUUCCCCCAAGAUUUCCCCGGCUUCGUGUGCUUCAUCUACCCACUCCACCAUCACUGCCCCUCCUAAAAAGCCCGCCCUCAACCUCCUUCGCCCCCUAGCAUUCCUCAAGCGCGCACCCUCCCCCUGUCCUUCCGUUGGAUCCGACUCGGAGCAAGGUGGCAGCAGCUCCCGCCUCGCCCGGAUCUCGACCGAGGACAUUCUCACUCUUGGCACUAUCAACCUCUUCCGCCCCUCCUCCCGCACCACCCUCGACAGCGAUCGCCGAGGCCGUCGGUACAGCGACUCUAGCCCCGAGAACGACAACGACCCAAGCUCCAAGAAGCGGCCUCGUCAGGGCUCCAAUGCCUCUAACAACUCCAACGCUUCACCCCGUCUGACUUCCCAGCCCCUUGACCGCGCACGCUCGGCACCAAGCAGCCCGCAGCAGGGUAUCACCAUGCUCAACGGCCGCGUGUACGGGGGCAAGCGCAAGUCGAAGCGCACUCAUAACCUCUUUGCCAGCGCGCGCGACGAGCCCGAGUUCGUCGAGUGGGGCUACGGCGGGAUGGGUAGCGUGCACGCUGAUCAUGCUGGCAACUCCAUGUAUCGCAAUCUCCAGAGCGGUGGUACCGCGUUGGGUCUCAAAAUGGGCCAUGGCAGCGCGAGUGGAGGCGGGACCGUCGAUGAAGACGACGAUGGCAGUGGGAUGGGCUGGGUCAAGAGGCGUAGGGAGCAGCGCGAGCGUGAGAAGAAGGAGGCCGAGGAGCGCGAGCGGGCUGUCAAAGAGGCGCAGAAGCAGAAGGAGGCGGCGGAGGAAGCAGACGUCGAGAGCGGUUCCGAGGAGAAGAUGGCGGUAGAGGCGAGCGAGUUGCCCGCGGAAGAGAAGAUGGAAGAUGAGUCUACCCGUGUUGCCUCUCCUAGCUCCGAGAACGCCGAGAACCAGCAUAUCUUGAAGACCGUCUCCAUCCCCGGACAUCACCGCAGUCACUCCCACUCGUCACAUCACAAGUCGCCUUCUCUCUCCCGCUCUCUGUCUCCUGCUGCCGAAGAUCAGAACCCCAUUGAGGUUGUUCUCGAAACGAGUCCGACCCUGGAGAAAGAUGAGAAGGACAGCACCGAGAGCUCCACUGAGAGCGAUAGCGAAGUUGAGGAGCAAGAGAAGGAUGAGGACGAGGACGAGGAUGAAGAUGAUGCCGAGGAAAACCGCAAGACGGCCAUUGGCGCUGGCAUGGAGAAGAUCAGCCGGCACAAGGAAGAGCGCUGAAGCUUUCGAAGCAACUGUCCCCCCCUGCGUCCUCAGCGCAAGCCCAUCCACCCACCGCUGACCUGCUCAGCCGCUGUGCAUGUUGUGGAUAUAUGUCCAUACAGUAUAUGCCUAUGGGAUGCGCUGGCGUCUGCGAGCUGAGGUGCCCAUGCUGGCAUCCUCUUGCUCCCCACCAAACUUUCAGAACCCCCCAAAAAACGCUCAUCGUACACUCGAUGUACUCUUGCCAAGUCGACACCGCCACCGACUGCUCUGUAUAUACUGGUCACCUUGCUCUUGCUCUUCUCCUUGUCCUCGUUCCUCCUCCUUACUCGCCGACUACCUCGAGAGUUCUUCAUGAGCUCUCUCUUUACGGUUUAAUGUGCAGCGUACCGCGCCCACACCUGCACCUGUGCAUUGGGUCUCCUCGUCAGCAUAUCACCCCCCUCAUCUUCCUUCUCCCUCGGCUCUUCUUAUCGCAUCUCUGCAAUAUCCAUUCCGAUUCUCGUGCAUACGCAUCAUCUCAUCGUUCCCCUUCUGCAACUAUCUACUACUAAACCCUCCGAGUAGCCUGUGCGAAUCGGCCACCUUAUAAUCCUCUACCUGUUACUAUACUCCGCGCUCCUCUCCGCCUCUCAUAUCGUCUUCUCUCGCCUUCUCCCCUCUAGCUCUCCCAGUCUUUGCUUCUCCCUCCUACAAGCUGUGCCUUUGUCCUCAUAAUACCCUUCUCCUCGCCGUGCGCUUGCUGCUCUGCGACCUUCUCAUCGCCCGGCGCGCCCUCACUCUCAUUCCGUUCCCUUCUCGUUCCGACUCCAGAUUGUUCAUGCUGUUAUACGUUAAUGUUUGUAUGCUACGCGACGAGUGCUAUGUUGUAUGAUACGGUUGGUUGGCUGAUGUGGAUGUAUCGGCCAGCCGACGAUUUUCGAGGCUUUUCAUUUCUCGGAGCUGGAGCUAGUCCUGCUUUUGACGUUUUACGACCUCCUCUUCAAGUUUAACGCUUCUUACGCGGCUAGCUGUAUCACUUGACGGAUGAUUUUACGACUUUUCUUGCUCCUUUUUUCGGCUGCUUUAUCCUUAUUGGUCUGCGCUCUCAUUGACUUUGACUGUGUAUAAACACGGGAUAGCAGCAUGCUUACCCCCUUUUUCUUCUCCCCUCACCCCGUUUCAUCUUUUGUGGCUCAUCUCAUACAUUCUUCCAUCAUUCACCCUUAUUGUUCCCUUGUCUCUCGUCUGCGUGGCC